UUACGGAAAAAGAUUGAAGGUGAAGAACCAGUAAACUUUGAAAUUACUCCUCUCUGUCUCUAUCUCCAUCUCCAUCUCCAUCUCUCUCUCUCUCUCUCUCUCUCUCUCUAGAUUUGCGAACUAAACUAUGGAGAAGGAAGUAGUUAGAAAUGGAUCAAAAGGAAAAUCUGAGAAAGACUUCUCUCCCUCCAACAACAAUGACCAAACCUAUUUCUUGAAGACAGCCCUUCUCACCAAACCGAAAUAAACAAAUCAAACACAGUAACAGCCACCUCGCCGGAAAACACCACUCUUCCCCUCCGAAACAAUGAAGCACGCCGGUCGCAAAUCCAACAAUCUCUCCAUAUUCGUCGUCGUCUUCUCCAUAUUCCUCUUCGGAUGCUUCAUGUACAAUGAAGACGUCAAGUCCAUUGCAGAGUUUCCAUUUUCGUCCAGGCCUAAAGCUCAAGAAAUCCAAGAAGAACCCUCCAAAACCAACAACGACCCAGUUCAAGAAAUCGACAAAAAAGGCGAUGAGCGCGAAUUUUCGAUUAAUUCAAGAACUGUAGUGGAAACAGAGGUUGGGAAUUCAGACGAGAAUACCCAAGAAAGUAUGGCUCUGAAAUCGAGUGUAUCGAAAGAAGAUGAGCAAAACGUCGAAUGGCCUGCCGUCGACGAUGACGACGACGAAGAGAUUGAAUUGCCACCGGAAAGCUGUGAUCUUUAUACUGGGGAUUGGGUGUUUGAUAAUACGACUUACCCACUGUACAAAGAGGAAGAAUGUGAGUUUCUCACAGCUCAAGUGACUUGCAUGAGAAAUGGAAGAAAGGACUCAAUGUAUCAAAAUUGGAGGUGGCAACCCAGAGAUUGUUCUUUGCCCAAGUUCAAAGCAAAAUUGUUGCUUGAGAAACUAAGGAAUAAGAGGCUUAUGUUUGUUGGGGACUCAUUGAAUCGGAACCAAUGGGAGUCCAUGAUCUGUUUCGUUCAAUCAAUAGUUCCUCCGGGCAAGAAGAGCUUGAACAAGACCGGCUCUCUCUCUGUUUUCAGAGUUGAGGACUAUAAUGCUACAGUGGAGUUCUAUUGGGCCCCAUUUCUGGUGGAGUCAAAUUCAGAUGAUCCAAACAUGCACAGUAUAUUGAAUCGUAUUAUUAUGCCCAAUUCAAUCAAAAAACAUGGCGAGAACUGGAAGAGUGUGGACUACCUCAUCUUCAACACAUAUAUUUGGUGGAUGAACACUGCCGCAAUGAAAGUCCUACGAGGAUCGUUCGAUGAAGGGGACACAGAAUACGACGAGAUCGAACGGCCAGUAGCAUAUAGGAGAGUUUUGAGGACAUGGGCUAAGUGGGUGGACAGAAAUAUUGAUCCCAAUCAUACCACAGUUUUUUUCAUGAGCAUGUCUCCACUUCAUAUCAAGAGUUUGGACUGGGAAAACCCUGAUGGUAUCAAGUGUGCCAAGGAGACCAUUCCAAUUCUGAACACAUCAAUGCCACUGAAUGUGGGCACGGACCGCCGGCUCUUCGUAGCUGCGGCGAAUGUGACACGGUCGAUGAAGGUGCCGGUCCACUUCCUCAACAUAACCACCCUCUCUGAGUACCGGAAAGACGCGCACACCUCCGUCCACACCAUCAGACAAGGCAAGAUGCUCACGCCGGAGCAGCAGGCCGACCCUCUCACUUAUGCAGAUUGCAUCCAUUGGUGCCUCCCCGGCUUGCCGGACACGUGGAACGAGUUCCUCUACACACGUAUAAUUUCUCGCUCUUGACACGAGUGAACCCACAUUUUCUUCUUUUUUUUUUUUCUUUUUU